CCAAACGCUUGCCCGCGAGGCAGAAUAAGCUACGGCACUUCCGGAUCCCAUCCUCGACCCAUGGCCUCCUCCUCCUCCGGUGACGCCGAAACCCUAGGCCCUGCCGGCGAGUCCCAGAGCCUAAUACCUGGCCUCCCCGACGACGUCGCGGCGGUGAUCCUUGCCUCGCUUCCGUACUUCCACCAAGCCCGUCUCCGCGCCACCUGUCGGUCGUGGAACGCCUUCCUUGCCCCCCGCCGCCUCCUCCCCCUCCGCCGCCGCCUCCGCCUUCCGCCACGCCACCUCCUCUGCCUCUUCCCGGAGGACCCCUCCCUCUCCCCGCCGUACCUCUUCGACCCUGCCGCCGCCGCCUGGGCGCCGCUUCCGCGACUCCCCUGCAGUCCCCACCUCUACGGCCUCUCCAACUUUGUCCCCGUUUCCCUCGGUCCCCACCUCUACGUCCUCGGCGGCUCCCACUUCGACGCCCGCUCCUACCCUAUCGGCAUCCCCACCGCCUCCGCUGCCGCCCACCGCCUUGACCUUACCGCCCCGCCCUCUCUCCUCGCCUGGCACCGCCUCCCCGACAUGCUCUCCCCGCGAGGCAGCUUCGCCUGCACCCCCGUCCCCUGUGGCGACGACGGCGGUGGCGGCAUCAUCGUCGCUGGCGGCGGUUCCCGCCACUGCAUGUUCCCCUCCGAGGGCAGCCGAAUGAGCUCCGUUGAGUGGUACGAUGUUGACUCCGGCGAGUGGAAGAUGGGGGAAGGACUGCCGAGGUACCGGGCCGGGUGCGUGGGGUUCUUGGUCCGGCGGGGGGAGGAGGAGGAGUUCUGGGUGAUGGGAGGAUACGGGGAUUAUCGGACAGUGUCGGGGGUGGUCCCGGCCGACGUUUAUUACAGGGACGCGGUGGUGCUUGGGAUGAGGAGCGGGAAGUGGAGGGAGGUGGGGGAUAUGUGGGAGGAAGGGGAGAGAAGGAAGCUUGGGUCGGUUGUGGUCGUUGGUGGAGAGGAUGGGCAGACACCAGGGAUUUUCAUGCUCGAUAGAAAUGAUAUUUUGAGAUAUGAUUUUGCUUUGAACCGAUGGUUGAAAGAGUCAAGUCUGCGAAGGAAGGUUCCAGCGGAUAAGCCUUGUGGAUUUAUUGCGAUGAAUGGAGAGUUGUAUGUGCUAACCAAUGCAACACACAGCACUGACGGAUCAGAUCCCCGAAGGCUGCCCAAGAAAAGGCUUGCUCUGGAAAUUCAAGCGUACAACCCUGAUAAGAGGAAAUGGCGGUUCCUAACUUCAAAUACGCCGUUCCAUCAACCUAUACAUUUUAAAACUGCCGUUGCAUGUACAAUUGGAUUGUAAUUUUGUGGAUGAUCAUUCCUGUAUGCACAGUUUAAUGUAAUCGGCCGCAACUUUAAUUACUUGGGCUUCUGUGAAUAUAAAUACUUUGAUGUAAACUUUCUUUUUAAAGAGUGAUCCCCUGGUAAAUGUCAUUAACCUAUAUGUCAGUCACAAUUAUUCAUGUAUACCAACAUUGCAUACAUUAAAUCUCUGUACAUAUUAUGGGUUCGAUAUA